CAUAAAGCCCAAUGGAAAAGGCCUUUUUAAAACUCUCUGUUCUCUACCGUCUCCUCUUCGCCAUCCGCAGCUCAUUCUAGAACAGUCAGGUGAUUUUGCAGAAUCGAAGUCUUCGUUUCCAAUAUCUCUUUGCCAUGUCGGACGAGGAAGUUGUUGACCCAAAGGUGACAAUGGAAGUAUCUUGCAAGCCUAAGUGUGUAAGGCAACUAAAGGAUUAUCAGGCAUGUACUAGAAGGAUAGAAGGUGAUGAAUCAGGGAGCAAGCAUUGCACUGGACAGUAUUUUGAUUAUUGGCAAUGCAUUGACAAAUGUGUUGCCCCAAAGCUAUUUGUAAAACUCAAGUAGCAAGGAUAUAAGCUGUUGAUCCAUUGCGAUUUUAUCUUGCUUUUUCGUUGUUGAAGCCUGUGCUACAGACUUGCAAUCCUUUCAAUCAACUUAGUUGCCGCAUGGAAAAUUUUGUACUAUGCACAUUCUUAAGAAGUGAUUAAUAAAAGAUACUUGUGGGUUAAA